AAUCAUACAAAGUGGUCCUCUUCAAUUGAUAGUUUUGAUGCCUUACCUCACUCCCUUAUCCUACACACCAAAAGUCUCUCUCCAUUUUCUUUAUCCUACGCACCCUUUUCUUCAUCAAUCUUCAUCCUUCUUUUCUUCUAAUGCAAAACAAAAACAUCCCACACAUAACAAGAAAAUUUGAAUGCACCACCACUCUUUAAAACAUUUUUUGCUUCACUAUUCAUAAUUUGAAGCACCACCCACAUACUUUAACCAUGGCAAGUGCAACAAAUACAUGGAGUAAAGAAGAGGACAUAGCUUUUGAGAAUGCAAUAGCAACUCAUUGGAUUGAAGUUGAAGAAGAUGAUGAGUCAUCAUUAGAUGAGCAAUGGGAAAAGAUUGCAAGUUUGGUGCCAAGUAAAAGCAUUGAAGAGUUGAAAUUACACUAUGAAUUAUUAGUGGAAGAUGUUAAUGCAAUAGAGGCAGGAAAUGUACCACUUCCUAACUAUUAUGUGGGAGAAGCAACAACAACAACAUUGUCAUCUAAAGAUUCAGUUGGAUUUUCUGAUAAAAAGAUGAGUUGUGGCUAUGGAAAUGGAUUUAUGGGAUUAGGAGGAAGUAAUUCCUCCGGACAUGGCGGAAAAGGAGGAGGAGGAGGAUCGCGAGCUGACCAAGAAAGACGAAAAGGUAUUCCAUGGACCGAAGAAGAACAUAGGUUGUUUCUACUUGGUCUUGAUAAAUUUGGAAAAGGGGAUUGGAGAAGCAUAUCAAGAAACUUUGUAAUAUCAAGAACUCCAACACAAGUGGCAAGUCAUGCUCAAAAGUACUUCAUUAGAUUGAAUUCAAUGAAUAGAGAUAGAAGGAGGUCUAGUAUUCAUGACAUUACUAGUCUAAACAAUAAUGGAGAUCAACCUCCUCCUAUAACAGGACAACAAGGUAAUACUAACCCAUCUGUUGCUAUGGGACCUGCAAUGAAGCAUAGGGCUCAACCUCAUUUGCCUGCUUUACGCAUGUACGGUGCGCCAGUCGGGCACCCGGUGGUUGCUCCUCCGGGUCAUAUGGCAUCAGCUGUCGGAACUCCUGUUAUGCUUCCUCCUGGGCACCACCCACAUCAUCCGCCUUAUGUUCUUCCUGUUGCUUAUCCGAUGCCGCCGCCGCCACAAACAAUGCACCAAUAGCGACGUGUUUCGCUUUCUCGACUCUCGACAAUCAGGGUUGAAUGCUCGAAGAUGCAUUCUUUUCCUGGGUUUUAGAAUAGAAAAGUAUUGAUGAAGAGUAGCAAUAUAAUAAGUAUGUCCUACUCUCGGCGACAGUUAAUAGCAGAUGCAUUUAUCCCUCAGGUUUGCAUGUAUACUAAUCUAAAACUAUUUAGCAAAUGCAAGAGAAUAAAAACACUAAUAAGCCCAAUUCUU